AUGAAUUGUAGAACAAUUCAUUUGCUUGAUUUACCCGAUGAAAUAUUACUUAUUUUAUUGAAAAAACUUGGUUCUGUUGAUGCUCUUUAUUCAUUAUUGAAUGUUAAUAAACGACUUGAUCAAAUGGCAAGAAGUAUUGAUAAUACUAAUUCCUUAAAUUUUUCCAAUAUAUUAUCAAAUGAUCAAUUUUCAUCAAUAAAUAAUGUUCAACUUGAUGGAUUUUGUGAUGAAAUAUUACCUCAAAUACACCAUAACAUUGCUGCACUUACUCUUGAUAUAUUUUCUAUGAAACGUAUUCUUCUUGCUUGUAAAUAUCCUAAUCUGACUGUUAUUGUUUUAACUAAUUUUCUUCCAGAUAUUCUUUUACAGCGUUUAAGAGAUAGAUCAUCGAUUGCUCUCUUAUUUUAUCAACAGAUCAGACAUCUAACUGUCAAGAGUGAAAAAGAAAUGUUUACUAGUCAAUCAUUUACAGCUGUUUGUUUAUAUAUACUUAUUUUCUGUAAAAAUUUAUCAUAUUUAAACAUGAAUCAAUGGUUAAUAACUACACAUUCAUACUUUUCAAUUCGUAAUCGAUCUAUAGAUAUAUCUUCUUCAAAUUUACACACUUUACUCAUUAAUGUGGUUACUUUUGAUGGUUGUCUUUGGCUACUUGAUGGUCGUCUAGAACAAUUACGUUCUUUCACAGUACGUGUUCUUAAGAUUAGAAGAUCAGAAAUGAACAAUGAUAGUCAAAAAAUUUUAUCUAAUCUCAAAGAAUUCUCAUUAACUAGUUGUUUCUACACAAAUGCUUAUGAUUGUCGAAUAUUACCACUUCUUCGUCGAAUGCCAAAUUUAGAAACUCUCACUCUAUGUCUCGAUAUAAUACGAUUAACUGUUAUUGAUGGUUUACAUCUUAAUGAAGAACUUCUUAUUCAUAUAAUGAAUUUAAAUAAGUUUAUAUUCCGUAUCUGUACUGUUUUAAGACCUUUUGAAUCGAAUUAUUUAUUAACAAUGAAUGAUAUUAAAAACACAUUUAUUAAUUGGAAAUAUUCUUCAGUUAACUGUUGUAUCGAUCACUUUUCAGAUGGAUAUACUUAUUGUCAUAUUUAUUCGACACCAUUUCGAAUGACUCACUUUAUGAAUCUUUCCAAUAGUUUUUGUGGUCAUCAUUUCUUAUAUGCUACUAGUGUAGUGUUAUAUGAUACACGCUCAUUUGAACAUGAUUAUUUUGAAUGGCUAUCUCAAGCAUGUCCAUCACUCAAAGAAUUAGUCAUUAACAAUUCCAAACCACAGAAGAAUAAAUGUCAAAUUGCAAUAACUAAUGAUAAACAAAUUGUUUCAAAAAUUUCAUUUUUAAAUUUAUGGAAACUUAGUUUUAUUUAUGCACAUAUUGAUUAUGUUGAUCAAUUUUUAUGUUAUGCAAAUACGUAUUUACCAACUCUUCACACACUUUCAAUACAAUAUGAUAAAUUAGUUACUAUCUCGAAUAAUUUUACAAAAGAUUCUAAUGUUAACGACAUUAUUUCACUUGGCUUUACGAUUGCUGGCGGUAAUGAUCGGCCUAUCGUGAAUAACUUCAUAUCUAUUGUUGUAAGUCGUAUAAUUGAAAAUGGUCUAGCAGAUAGAGAUAAACAGUUGAGAUUAUACGAUAUACUCUUACGUGUAAACGAUAUUGAUUAUUCAAAUAUUAAACAUCAUACAGCUGUUGAGAUAUUGAAAACUUCGGGAAAGAAAGUUUCCUUACGAAUUCGUCGUCUCACAUUUCGAUUUAUGAAGAUUAUUGAAUUAGAGCAUCAAAAUGGAAAAUUAGGAAUCUCAAUAGAAGGUGGUAUUGGGAGUGAAUAUUUCAAAGGAGAUCAUGGUGUGUUUAUUACGUAUAUUCCCAAUCAAACUAUUAAACAGUUAAAUAUUGGUGAUCGAUUAAUAGAAAUCUCAUCUGCAAAAAAUACGUACGAUCUACGAUUUGUUACACAUAAUGAAGCUAAAAAACGUAUUGGUUUAGCAUGUUCAGACAGUCAGAAAAUUUCACCUGAAAUUUGUUCACUAUCUGGCUUACGUACUCUGUCUUUAAAUGUUCCUCGAGCAAUUUUAUAUUUAACUAAUCUACAAGUUCUCGAUCUCUCAGCUAAUCGUAUCCAAGAAAUUAACGAUGAUAUCGAAUUUUUAGAAGUUGAUGAGUUAAAUUUAAAUAAUAAUCAAAUUUCUCAAAUUUCAACAAAUAUAUCAAAAUGUAAACGGUUGAAAAUUCUUCGAUUAGAUAAUAAUAUGCUUAAGAUAGAAUCAAUUCCUACUUCAUUAUUAAAAAACUCUACUGUUUUUCUACUGAGUGUUAACGGUAAUUUUUUUGAAGAAACACAAUUUCAAUUGAUCGAAGGUUAUGAUGAUUAUGAAAGACGGUAUACGGCAAAUCAACGAAAACGAGAUGCAACUGCGAUACUUCUGUUGAAUUAA